GCUGCGGGAGCUGUGCGCCCUCUGCUCGCCUGGCGGGAAAUGGGGACCGAGGCGGGCGCUGGCGGCCGCGGGGUCAGGGAGAGCUAUCUGGCUGGAAGGCAGGGCGGGCCUGGCAGGCCGGAAAAUGCGCAGCAGGCCAAGUACCUGGCCCAGAUCAUUGUGAUGGGCAUGCAGGUGGUGGGCAGGGCCUUCGCUCGGGCCCUGCGGCAGGAGUUUGCAGCCAGCCGGGCAGCAGCUGAUGCCCGAGGCCGCGCCGGACACCAGUCUGCAGCUGCCUCCAACCUCUCGGGCCUCAGCCUCCAGGAAGCACAGCAGAUUCUCAACGUCUCCAAGCUGAGCCCUGAGGAGAUCCAGAAGAACUACGAACACCUGUUCAAGGUGAACGAUAAAUCCGUGGGUGGCUCCUUCUACCUACAGUCAAAGGUGGUCCGAGCGAAGGAGCGCCUUGAUGAGGAACUCAGGAUCCAGGCCCAGGAGGACAGAGAGAAAGAGCAGCCGCCCAAAACGUGACCACUCGGCUUCUCCCACCCACCCCGCCACUGCCUCUAAUUUAUAGCUCGAUAAUAAAUGUCUUUUCC